AUGAGGGAUGCACUGAAGAACAAGAUACUCUCAUGUCGGCCAUCAGGGCAUGAAACCUCUAUUCUUACAGGGUUCUUAAGGUUCAUAAGACCUCUGAUCCGAAUUAUAGGCGAUCGAUUCCCAUGGCAAGUGAAAAGUGCUAUUUUAUCAACUUUGACCAUCAUAAUAGCAAAAGGUGGGAUGGCACUUAAACCUUUUCUCCUACAACCACAAACCACCUUUGUCAAAUUCUUGCAGGACAACCCAAGGAGUGUUCGUUCAAGUGCUGCUCUUGCACUUGGUAAGCUUAGUGCACUAAGCACAAGAGUUGAUCCCCUAGUUGGGGGUCUUCUAUCUAACCUAUAUACAUCAGAAGGUGGGGUCCGUGAGGCAAUAUUGGUCGCCCUAAAAGGUGUUGUCAAGCAUGCUAGAAAGAGUGUUAGUGGUUCCGUUAAGACACGUGUUUUUGAUCUCUCAAACGAGUUGAUCUACAAUGAUGAUGAUCAAAUACGAAGCUCUUCAGCAAGAAUUCUAGGCAUCAUAUCAGAGGUUCAGUUCAGUACAUUCACUUGCAUUUAUAGCAUCUGUUCCACCUCUGGGAUUUUCCACCUAUGUAAUUUCACAACAGCACCUGUCAACAUUUGGUUGUGA